ACUUUUAUAAGUCAUUUGCAUCACAAAAAUGAGGGAUUUUAAUAUUUGCGGAAGAGGGAAUUCAACAUUUGUACUAUGAACUUCACGCCUGUUCCAAAUCAAUUUGAUUCCCACUCUCCAUUGAAGCGGAAUCAGCCAAGUGAGCGUCGCAUUGCAUGCAUCAUAUUGUAUCCCUAAUUUUCUUCAGUUUUCUUGAAGCUUGAUUUUGGAGUAAGCUGCUUGUUAGUUGAGACUGAAAAAAAAUGAGAGAAGCAGCAUGUGUGGAUUGCAAAACUUUGGAAGAGGAACUCUAUUGGACCCAUUUCCAGUAUAUCCAUUUUUCCCUCUUACUUCGUGCUGGUUUUCAUCACCAUUUGGCCAUCCCUGAAAAAUUUACUAAAAGUAUGAGAAGGAAGUUGCCUGAUACGGUCACUCUUAAAGGUCCCAGUGGUACUGCAUGGGAAGUAUGCCUAACAUCGCAUGAAAAUGCCUUAAUGUUCGGUCAUGGUUGGCGGGAAUUCGUCCAAGCGUAUUCUCUUGAAGAGAAUGAUAUAUUGGUCUUCAAGUAUAACGGGGAGUCUUGCUUUGAUGUGUUAAUGUUUGACGGACAGAGCAUGUGUGAGAAGGCAGGUUCUUAUUUCCUCACGGAAUGCGACCAUGAAAAACAUAAAACUACCGGAUGCCAAUCAAAGAGAACCAGUGAAAGUUCUACUGAAGUUCUAAGUGCUUCUCCUACAAAUGGUAGUGGAGAUUCCAAGCAAAACAAAUCUACACAUAACUAUGUUUACACUGAAUCAGGGCGGCCUAUUAUGGAUCCCAAUAAAAAAGCUCAAAGAGAAAUUAUGUACACGCCCGUUCAUUUGCCAAAUAUGAAAAGGAAAAUAGAACCUUGUACUGUGGAUGUAAAGGCAAAAGCUGAAACUGUACAUCCAUUUUUUGGCUUACAAAGUAGAAGGUGGAAACAAGACCAAGCUAUACCGUCUGUGUUGCAAUCUGCACAAGCAACAGUGUCCCCCAAUGGCUUUAUUGCAGUUAUGAAACCUACAUAUGUGGAAAAGAAAUUUUUUAUGUCAGUCCCUCACACAUGGGUGUCCAAAUACAUCACCUCUGAGGAGAACCAACACGUAAGUCUACGUAUUAAAGAGAAAACAUGGCAGAUACGAUUCUCUUUUCGCAAACAGAAAAAGAGAGGGGAUAAAGAGGAUAGAGGGGGUUUCGGGGGUGGGUGGAAGAAUUUUGUUUUGGAUAACAGCAUAAAACUAUUCGAUGUAUGUGUAUUCGAACCUGGCAUCCCAUCGGACAACAUGAUGGUCCUAGAUGUUAACAUCUUCCGUGUAGUCAAAGAUACGAGUCCGCUUGCACCAGUCACUGAUGAGUGAGGCAUUGAUGGCUAUCACAAUGCCGGUUGUCACACGCACGCUAUCAUGCUUGUGCUUAGUUGUUUGCUUUGCCCUGACAACAAUGUGUUAUGUGUGAAUAGCUUCUAAAGUGCAAUUUUGGUGUUUUCUAUAUUGGCUUUGAAGCAUUCAAAUUUGAUGUAUCAACCGAUGUACUUGUAAGGCAAUGUACAUAGCAGAAGUAUUACCAAUAUGUUUUAUUU